AGUCAGCAUAAUGAAAACAAUUCAUGCCAAGGAGAAAGAUGACAUGAAUGUUAAUAUAAAUAGAUGUUAGAUGUGAAUUGGGGUUGUAUUUUAAGGGUGUAAAAUAAACCAGUUGCACAGAAACUUUCCCUGUAUGUCUACUAUAUUUAGAAAUCAAACUAUCUGCAAUUUGUGAUAUCGUUAAUGUGCCGACAUUAAAACUCACCGAUGCGCCUGUCUGAAUAUGCACGGCCUGUCACAGACAGUGUCUUCUGAAUCGGAAUCGGAAUCUGUACGUCGCAGGGCCUGUUACGAGUGAGUGCGUUAGGUUCUUGAUAGAGCUGAUUUAAAGCUCUCUUGUUUUAAUAAAUUAAUGUCAACAAAAUAGAGUUGAGAAAUCUUCUUAACAAUGAAGCUGUGUAGAGAAUUUAGAUUGUGGAAAUUAAUACUACUCCUUGUGUUUGUUGUCAUUUUCCUACAAAUAUUUCACAUGUCACUUUUAAGUAAGUUGGAGUCAAAAGAGACCGAAGAUUUUUCACAAAUUAAUAAAGUUUUGUUAGAAAUUGAAAGUAAAGUUAGGAAGCCACACAAACUAGACAAAAGUGGCACUUAUAAUGUAAUACCGAAUGUUAUUCAAGCUAGCAGGAGACCAACUAUGAACAGUGAAAAUUUGACAAUAAUCACUCAGUGCACAUCAAAUCAUCUCCAUCAUUUAGUAGAACUAACAGAGUUUUUUCAAGGACCAGUUUCUGUUGCUGUAUUUACUUAUGUUAAUGAUGUGCAAAAUGCUGUGCGUUCCAUAGCUUACUAUCAUUUCUGCAACAAGUUCAUCCGUCAAUUUGUUACUUUUCAUAUGGUUUAUCCUACCGAUACACCUCCUAUCAACAACCCAUCCUGGGAUGUAACUUUUGAUUGCGACACUCCACCUACAAACACGAACAAUGCAAACUACGCUAUAGAAGGAAUAGAAUACCCUCAUAAUCUAUUGCGAAACUUGGCAUUAAAAUACUCAAGAACUUCACACAUAUUUUUAAUAGAUAUAGAUAUGAUUCCUUCCCGAAACCUCAAAGAAGUUUUUCUGAAGAAUCAGAAAAAUUAUUUCCUGAAAAAGACAACUUUCAUUUCUAGAUCAGCACAUGUGGUUCCAGCUUUUGAACUAAAGAAUGGGUAUGAAGUACCAAAGAAUAGAAUGGAGCUGAUAGAUAUGUGGGAGAAAAAUAUCAUAAGACCAUUCUAUGAGGAAGUAUGCUGGAAAUGCCAAAAAUAUACAGAUUAUGAUAAAUGGAGAGCAUCAGAAUCUGAGCUGACUUCUGCAUAUCAUGUUGACUUUCAUGAUCCAUGGGAACCAUAUUAUAUAGCAGCAAAAUCUAUUCCACUAUAUGAUGAACGUUUUAAACAAUAUGGCUUCAACAGAAUUAGUCAGAUAUGUGAGAUGCACAUCGCAGGUUAUCAGUUCAGUGUUCUUACAGAUGUUUUUCUAGUCCAUAAAGGUUUUAAACAUACACAAGAAUUUCAUAAAACAAAAAAUGAUGAACUAGACAAGAAUAGGAUAUUAUUUAGAAAGUUUAAGAAUGAACUAAAAACUAAAUAUAAAGAAUCUGUGAGAAGAUGUUAACUUAUGAAUGAAGGAAUUUUGAAGAAAAUGUUAAAUUGUGAUCUUUUAUUUUUUUAGAUGCAAUGUUCAAUUUAUUUAUUUUUUAACUUAUAUCUAUCUGUUGAUGCUUUUCUAUGAAUUGUAUUUAUUAUUUUACUGGCAAAAAAUUCCUUUGAACAAUGCCAGGUUUUAUGCCGUCAUAUUUUCAUUUUCUUAGCAACAGAGACUCGCUUUGUGUCAUCAUUUUGACUAUGGCUUACCUCAAUUUUUUUGGUAUAAUUCAACUAUUCUGUUUUUUCACAAUAAUGAGGUAUUAUGUGGUGGUAUUAUUGGGUUACACAUUGGCAUGAAAGCAAAAGAACCCUUGACAGUUGGAAUUCGAAUAAGAGUAGGGUGUGGCAUCACUCUACAUGCCGUAUAUCCGUUUUCAUUAGCCCAGUUGAUGCAGAAAAGUAGGACGUUAAAUCCCAUUUUAUUUCACAAAGUAAUAAGGAAAGAAAAUAUUAAUGAUAUAUCUGUUGGUGACCACUACAUACAAGCCAGUAUGCAUAUUUUAGUGUGGACUACAUUGUUCAUCAGCUGUUUUGGUUCCCAACAAUUAUUGUCAAUAAUGGAGUAGUCUCCCUUCAUUUGCAUUUCACACAAUUCAGUUAAUCAUAAAAUGUUGCAGUUUGCUCAAAAUAUAGCCAGUUAUUUUCCUAUAUUGUAUUAAUUUCAACUGAAUGAAAUUGGUCAUUGGAAGAAAUCACAUAAAUAUAUCUGUUCCUGUUAAAAAGUGGACAGAAAGUGUAUAUUUACGAUUUAUUCAGGACAACAGGGCAUUUAAUAAACGCCCUUAGUAUUAUAAGUAAUUUUUGAAUAUCUGAUUAUUUGUUAAUAUCUAUAAUGUUUAUGUAUUUGUGUUUAUCAAUUUUCAUCAUAUGUGUGGUUUACGUCAUCGAUGAACAACUUGAAUCAUUUUCUUGUACUUUAUUUUCAUUUGUUAAAGAAUCAUUCGCACCUUGGAGGUCUGACUGGUUGGUGAAACAAUUAUUCUCGAUUUCACAUAAUUUGACUAUAGAGUUAAAUUUGAGACAAAUCUGUCAAGCCACAGCUGAGAUAAUUGUUAUUUUAUUAAUCACACAAAUCUUUUUUGUAUUUUUAAGAAGUUUAGGAAACACUCAUGCACCACGUCAUACCCAUAGUUAUUUUUUCAUACAGGAUUAUUCAAAAUUAAUUCUAUAUAUUUUCUUGGUAAGAGUGAUAAUUUCUUUUUAAUGCCUGUGUUGUAUUUUGUUGAUAGUCAGUAUAAUAUGUAGUUGUGUGUACUAUACAAAAUAGGAUGGUGCCAUCAAGCAGCAGAUUUUGUGUUGGAAUUAAAGGCAGUCUAUAAAACAAAUAUUAACAAAUAAAAGAAACUACUCGA